GAGUCAUUGCCUAUUGGGUAAUGUUGAAAUAAAAACUGCCCCAAAUAUACAAUUACUUGGUAACAACGCCCGGUAUCUGUUUUCUCAUAUUGGCUCUCAAUAUCUCCUCCCGUCUGUCUUCUUCUCUUCUCCGCUUGCGUGGGUUAUCAUUUCUAACCUUCCGGAGUUCUCGCCGGUCUUGGGCUUCUUCCAUCCGUAGCUUAGCAGAUCCAGAAUACUGCUGGAGUGUUUGAAAGAAACCUGGGAAUUAUAUGUAAAUUGUGUUCUGAAGAAAGAUGAAGGGCCAAAGCAGUUACGUGCCGCCCCCUUAUAUUCCUCUGGGACAAUCAGAUCCAGAAGCAGAGGUCAUUGUGCACAGUGAUGAUAAUCUUGUUCAUAAUCAUGGAAGCGAUGUCCCAGCACAGUGGUCAUCUGGAAUCUGUGCUUGUUGCGAUGACAUGCCGAGCUGUACGCUACUUUCUGCCUUGUGACCUUGAUUUAUCAGAAGGAAAAAAUAAUGAAGGUUGCAUAGGCCUCAUUUUUCCUUGCUUUCUGUUUGGAAAGAAUGCUGAGUUUUUGGGUUCCAGAACUCUGAUAGGAUCAUGCAUGACCCAUUUUUUUGUUUGGGCCCUAGUCAACACCGUCUGCUGCAUGCUGACUGAUGGUAUUGUAUGGGGAAUACCUGGAUGCUUUAUGGCAUGUUAUGCUUGUGGCUAUCGAAGGGCAUUACGGUCAAGGUAUAACCUGCCGGAGGCGCCUUGUGGAGACUUUGUUACACAUUUUUUCUGUCAUUUAUGUGCUAUUUGCCAAGAAUACAGGGAGAUUCAAGAAAGGUCCUCCAAUUCUAGCCCCCCUGAUCUUAGAUUGGCGGCUGUCACAGCACCACCUGUUCAGAUGAUGGAUUCAACCCCAAAGGAUUAAUGUUUCUGUGUUUUUGCCAUAUCUUUUUGCAUCCAUUUUAUUCCGAUGGAUACAAGUGCUAUUUCCUCCCCUUUCUUCCUCCCCGACACUCCCGCUCCCAAGAUAUUGUUUGGAACUAUGUUUAAACAUGGAAUAGUUUGUGCAUUUGUUUAUUAUUGCAGUACUGCUAUGGAUUCCAAUUCAUAA